GGAAGGGAACGGGGCCGCGAGCUCCUGGAACUGCCUUUAUCUCCUCCCUUCCCGCUCCGGAGGGACGAGCCUCUGUGUUUGCCCGCCCCCCAUCCUAGGGCGGAGGCCUCGCGCGGAUCCCAGCUGCACGGCUCGGCGCUCGGGCGGAGGGUCUCUGCCACAGCCGGCGUCUUUUCGCUCGGCUGCAGACCUUGGAGCAGCCCUCCGGCCCGCGGUUCGGACCAAGGCCGGUGGAGGGUUUUGCCCCGCGAACAUGAACUGGAUGGCAGCCACCUGCUGGGCUCUGCUGCUGGCUGCCACCUUCCUGUGCGACAGCGGCGAGACCAAGGGCGGCCGCGGAGGGGCUCGUGGCAGCGCCCGGGGAGGGCUGCGCGGGGGCGCGCGCGGGGCCCCCAGGGCGCGCGUGAGGCCAGCGCCCCGCUACUCGGGCUCCUCCCUGCGCAUGGGGGCAGCGGGGGCGGCGGCCGGGGCCGCAGCGGGCCUGGCUGCAGGUUCGGCGGGGAGGAGGGUCCUGGGGCCCUGGGAGGGCGGCCUGGAGGACGAGGACGCGGCACCCGAAGGCAACAGGACUGGCGUCUACAGUUACCGGGCCUGGACGUCGGGUGUGCGGCCCGCGUGCGGCCUGCACCUCUGCCUGCUGCUUGGCGGCGCCCUCAGCGCCCUGGGGCUGCUGCAGCCCUAGGCCCGGCCGGGCUCGGGGCAGAUCGGCCCCGGCCCGUGCAGUCCCCGAGCCCCGAGAGGCUCCCUGAGUGGUGCUGCCAGGCCCAGCAGGCGAGGCUGCCUCCUGUUCACUGUCCUGCUCAAGCCCCCGCCCCCAGUCUCCCCACUCCCACCUGACCCGGGGCCCAGGGGCCCAUCAGGCCCAGGACGCCCACUGAGCACUCUCGGUCAGGGUCCCCCCCCGCCAGAAGGGCAGCGAGUGCCCUGCGGUCCCUGCACUGCCCCGGCCAGCGGGCUCCCAGGGCUCCGGGGCUUCCCCAGAGACAGGUGGCAAGACCAGGUGGUUCGGGCCACUCUGUCUCUUCUGAACGCACCCCGGACACGUGGGUGGAGACGGUGCUGACCACUGGACAGAGGCACAGCCUGAGGACCGUGGUGGCCUCCCCCACAGAAGCUGCCAGAAUGGACCCCGAGGCACUGAGGGUCUGGGGGGAGGAGAGGUUUGCUCACAGCUGCCGCGUGGAGAAGAAUGUCCGGUGCCGACUGCGUCUGUGGACCUCGGAGCCUGGAGACACGGCCCAGCUGUGGCUCUGAGGCCGGUUUCCCAGGAACGCACCCCUGCCCCGGGCUCCGCUGUGCCCCACUCCGAGCAGACGCUCCGUGGGACCCACUGCCAUGACUGCCUUGGAGCCACCACGCUCUGCCUCGAAACAGGCCACUCAGCCCUUCUUGGGA